GUUGGCUGUUCCUGCUGGCUCGGAAGGGCUAGCUACAGCCAGGUCUGGUUUUCGUGUAUAGAGUUGAAGAUUUAUAGAGAAAGACUCCUUCCUCUGCCUCGUCUGCAGUCAUUUUUUUUCCCAAUGCCAGUUCCCAGCAGGCAUAUAAACAUUGGUCGUUCUCAGAGCUGGGAUGCUGCUGGGUGGUACGAGGGCCCCUGGGAGAACAGCGAGGCCCUGCGGCCUCUGGGGAGGAGAAGCUCUCUGACGUAUGGCGCGGGAGAGGCGACUUGGUGUGAGCAGCCAAGCCACCGGCCACAGGACGCGGAGCCCUACCUCUACCGGGAGGCCUUUUAUAACGCAGUUGCUGCAAGGAAGGGCUCCACUCCUGACUUCACCUUCUACGACAGCAGACAGGCGGUGAUGUCUGGUCGCGGCUCCCUGCUGCCACAGGAUUACUACGGCGACCCAUCAGCAGCCAUGAGAGUGCCCAAAGAGACUCCCUUCUAUCGGGACCCAGCAAUCAGCCAGCCGGUGCCCAGCUAUGGAGUGCUUGGAAGCAGAAUGCCAUGGGGGCAAAUGCAAGGCCGGUUACCUGCCCUGCAGGACACCAGUCACCAGCACCGGGAUCCUGGAGGUAAAAUGAUCCCUCAGGGGCAGCAGACACAGAGCAGGGCUCCAUCUCCCGGGCGGUAUGGAAGGGAACUGCCUGACACCAGGUAUGGGGCAGAGGCACCUGCCUACCCCUCCAACCAGGUCUACAACGAUGUCAGUGAAAGACCUGUCGAUUCGAACCUCGCCAGACAGGUGGCCCCGACAUGCCUGGUCGUGGAUCCCAGCUCAGCUGCUGCCUCCGAGGGUAGCAUGGGGGUGACCCCAGGUGCCCUAAAUCGAGGCUAUGGGCCUACCCAGGAAAACGUCCAUUCUAAGAUGGCUUAUGAGAAUUAUGAAGCUGACCUGUCCACCUUCCAGGGUCCUGGUGGCAAGAGGAGUGCGCUCCCUGAGUUCCUGGCCUUCCUGCGGGCAGAGGGGGUGGGGGAGGCCACGCUGGCAGCCCUACUGCAGCAAGGCUUUGACUCGCCAGCUGUGCUGGCCACCCUGGAGGAUGCGGACAUCAAGUCUGUCGCACCCAACCUGGGCCAGGCCCGCAUCCUGAGCCGCCUGGCCAGCAGCUGCAGGACCGAGAUGCAGCUACGGAGGCAGGACCGGGUGGGUCCACUGCCCCGGACGCGUUCCAGCAGUUUCAGCCAACGGAGUGAGCUGCUCCACAGUGAUCUGGCUUCGCUGGGCUCCGCAGCCUUACAGUCCCAGCCUGGAGGUCCCCUGCAGAUGGCAUCCCCUCGAGCUGGAGACCUGGCUCGCCGCCCCUCCAGUGCACCGUCCCAGCACCUCCUAGAGACAGCAGCUACCUACUCUGCCCCAGGAGCAGGCACCCAGGCCCCCCACUUCUCCAACUCUGGGUACAGCUCUCCCACCCCUUGCGCCCUAACAGCACGACUGGGCGCUACGUACUCCCCGCAGGCCGGGGUGGCCUUGACUAACCCAGGCCUCUCAAGCCCCCUUCACCCUGGCCCCAGAACAGCCUACUCCACGGCGUACACAGUGCCCAUGGAGUUGCUGAAGCGGGAGCGCAACGUGGCCGCCUCUCCACUGCCCACCCCCCACGGCAGCCCCCAGCUCCUGCGGAAGCCCAGUGUCCCCCCGGAGACAUCUACACUGCCACCGGCCAGCCAAAACCUCCACAUGCCUCACUCAUACCAGAAGGUGGCCCGGCGGACAGGGGCCCCCAUCAUCGUGUCCACCAUGCUCACGCCAGAACCAAGUAUCCGCCCCCAGAUCAUGAACGGCCCCCUGCACCCCCGCCCCCUGGUGGCACUGCUGGACGGCAGAGACUGCACCGUGGAGAUGCCGAUCCUGAAGGACCUGGCCACCGUGGCUUUCUGUGAUGCGCAGUCCACGCAGGAGAUCCACGAGAAGGUGCUAAACGAGGCUGUGGGCGCCAUGAUGUACCACACCAUCACCCUCACCCGUGAGGACCUGGAGAAGUUCAAGGCCCUGAGAGUGAUCGUACGCAUCGGCAGUGGCUACGACAAUGUGGACAUCAAGGCUGCUGGCGAGCUCGGGAUCGCUGUGUGUAACAUCCCGUCCGCAGCCGUGGAGGAGACCGCCGAUUCCACCAUCUGCCACAUCCUCAACCUGUACCGGCGGAACACGUGGCUGUACCAGGCGCUACGGGAAGGCACGCGGGUGCAGAGCGUGGAGCAGAUCCGCGAGGUGGCCUCGGGAGCGGCCCGCAUCCGCGGGGAGACGCUGGGCCUCAUCGGCUUUGGUCGCACGGGGCAGGCGGUUGCUGUUCGAGCCAAGGCCUUUGGAUUCAGCGUCAUAUUUUAUGACCCCUACUUGCAGGAUGGGAUAGAGCGGUCCCUGGGCGUGCAGAGGGUCUACACCCUGCAGGACUUGCUGUACCAGAGUGACUGCGUCUCUUUGCACUGCAAUCUCAAUGAACAUAACCACCACCUCAUCAAUGACUUUACCAUAAAGCAGAUGAGGCAAGGAGCGUUCCUCGUGAAUGCGGCCCGCGGUGGGCUGGUGGAUGAGAAAGCCUUAGCCCAAGCCCUCAAGGAGGGCAGGAUACGAGGGGCAGCUCUGGACGUGCAUGAAUCGGAGCCCUUUAGCUUUGCUCAGGGGCCAUUGAAAGAUGCACCAAAUCUCAUCUGUACUCCCCACACAGCCUGGUAUAGCGAGCAGGCAUCACUAGAGAUGCGGGAGGCAGCCGCCACCGAGAUCCGCCGCGCCAUCACAGGUCGCAUCCCAGAAAGCUUAAGAAACUGUGUAAACAAGGAAUUCUUUGUCACCUCAGCUCCGUGGUCAGUAAUAGACCAGCAAGCAAUUCAUCCCGAGCUCAAUGGGGCCACAUACAGAUAUCCACCGGGCAUUGUGGGCGUGGCUCCGGGAGGACUGCCCGCAGCCAUGGAAGGGAUCAUCCCCGGAGGCAUCCCGGUGACUCACAACCUCCCCACAGUGGCACACCCUUCCCAAGCUCCCUCUCCCAACCAGCCCACAAAGCAUGGGGACAAUCGAGAGCACCCCAACGAGCAAUAGCAGAGGAUGCCGAAAGGUAACCAUUCAGAUAAACGUGGGACCAAGAGACAAUGAGAAAUAGAUGAACUAAGAGAAAAAGGAAUUUGACGUUCUUUUUAACUGAUUCUGGACAUAUGCAUCAUUGAUGUUGCAGUGUUAAAACUACACGAGCUAGAAAACUGAAGAUGUCAUCUGCUUACAGAAGCACUGAAAGACUAGGACGUGAUUUAUUAACGACCAACUUCUGUUGUUGUGUGUUAAGUUUUUCAUCUGUGCAUCAAAUCACAAAGAAUAAAUAGAGCUUUUUUCCUUUAUCAGUCCCUUGGGCACAGCAGGUCCUGAGCACCUUGCUCUAGAAUGUUGCAUCAAGAGUUCCAAACAUCGAAAUAAAAAAUAUUAAGAGGAAAUCCCCAUCCUGUGACUCUAGUCCCUUCAGUCUACAAGGGCUGGUUACCUCUUUUUGCUAAUAGGAAGAUUAAAUUACUACAAAAUGGGGAGAAAACUGUUUGCCUGUGUUAGAUAUCUGCACGCAUAGGAUUGAAGACAGUACAGACUCCUCCUGUACAGAGAAGUGUCUCUCAAAUCUGAACUGCAUACUGAGCGGGCACGUUGGUUGUUAAGUUCAGUUAUACCCUCUUGAUGAUGGAAAAAAAAGUAUUAAGUUUCACAAGCUGUUUGUACUCAAAUAUAUUUUCUCAGUUUCAGAUCCUCAGCUAUUUUAUUGAGUGGAAAGUCUUGAACUGAAAGGGUUCAAGAAGAAUAAUGUUGCAUUUCCUUAUGUCUCAGGAAACACUUUUUAUGGUAACUUGUCAGAUUGUCUAUGAACAAACCCACUUUUUUAGACAUUGAUAAAGUUCUUUUCUUCACGUGAUAUUUUAUACAAGAACACUUCAGAUGUGUUAUUAGAUGUGACUGAUUUUAACAAAUCCUAUUAGAUUUGUAUCAACUAGUUACAUGUUCUAUUCAUAGUCUUUUGUGAAUCAUUGCCUUUUUGUUUAAAAAGAUGGCCUAUUUUGAGCCUUUGUAUAGGUACAUUCCUGUUUUUGUGACAAAAGAAAAACUUUAAACUGUCCCAAACAAAAAUAAUGGCUAUCAGAAGUAUGUUUUGUUUUAGUGUGAGUUACCGUUACUGUAUUUGUUUAUUGUAAAGGUGAACAUUUAGCGUUCAGUGCAGUUUUCAAUAAAAAGUAAUUAAAAUUUCUAA